AUGUUUUUUCGUGAGAAUGAUAGCAGUUCAGAUUCCUCUGUGGACCCAGAUGAGGUUUCUUCUAGCGGAGGAAGCCUAGCGAGUUCCGAGUCUUAUGCCACUCGUGCCUUUGAGAAAAGGAUGAGGUUUUUACUGGCUGAAAGUCCUAUUGCAGAUACUGAUUUUCAGGAUGGGACUACCUUACCGAAUGGUCCAGAGUAUUCAACAGAUGAUGCUAUCAGAAUUAAAGAAAAAGACAUGGUAUGUGGUGUUGAUGCUGUGGAAGGUGAGGAACAGGUAUCAUGUAUUAAUUGUAAUGAUGGGGCCGAUUGGGCAUUGCUAAUGCGCAAACUAGAUAGUGUGGUAGAUAGUGAACCAGAGUUUUACGAAUAUCCAUCGCCUGAUUCUCUCAAGACAUGUUCAUCACAACAAACUGCGGGAGGUGAGGCGCCAAGUGGUGAUAGCAGCAUCACAUCUACACAUGGGCAUCAUCAUGGAACAAAGAUGUUCAUUGGUGGUCUCCGCUUUGAGGUAGUACAGUCUGGUAGACAAAUGAUUAGUUGGAUCUUUGAGGUGGCUUGCGGUGUGCGGUUGCCGCCAAAUUCUAUUCUAGUACACCGAAGGGCAAAAGGAGGAAGGAGUGGUUCACCAACAGGAUGCGCUUCUGUAUUUGUGGCAAAUGAACAGGAUGUAGAGAAACUUUUGAGUAUGAAUCAACGUAUAUUCUGCGGUGAAAAAGGUAUUUACGUGGCUUCAUCCGUAGAGCACAUGACAGGACUUAUUGCUUCAAAAGUUGUUCUUAACGUUUCAGAUGGACGCAUACGUGGUCCUACACAUCCAGUGGUUAUUGAACGAGCAUACGGCUCCGCUGGAAAUCCUGCAUCACGUAAUAGUAUCACUGGUACACCAAAUAAGGAACAUACUCCAUCUGGCCUACCCCCACCAUAUGAGACUGCUACCUCAUUAAAUUCAGUUCCAGGAGCUUCACCUCUGCAAUUGAGCAGUAAUGCUUCAUCAUUACCAAGUAGUAUGUCUAUUUCUGUGGGUUUAAAUGUUGCAUCAACUGGUGAUGGAGCCACUACUUCUACUACUACUACUGCUGCUGCUCCCACAGGUGAUAAUGUUCUUCUUAAACCUACCAAGAAAGUUCCUUAUAACCAAUACCCAGGUGAUAUAACUGCGAGUCAAUCAUUGCAACAUAUAUCAAUAGAUUUAAAGCGACCUGUUGCUCUUUUUGUCGGUGGUUUUCCUGGAGAAGCAAAUCGUGAGUUUAUCGCAUGGGUUUUUUCUCUCCUUCGCGUUCCUGUUCAUCCUACGAACAUUACCCUCUAUGUGGAUUCCCAAUCCGGUGAAAAGGGAGGUUGUGCAUAUGUGCGGGUGGAGGAGAGCGAUGUCGCCAAGGCCACCGCCUGGUCCAAACGGGUCCUCUGCGACCCGCACGGGGUGUACUUCGCCGAGUCCCCGCGGGUGCUUCCCGCGUUGUUGGCGGCCCGCGACAAAACCGCCCCGCCGGCGCGGCCGCUCAUCAUCAAACGAAAAGACACCGGCCGUGGGGUGCCGCGAUCAACGGCGUUGCCGAUGGGUCCACCACCGCCCUUCCCAGGCACAUGGGACCCCACACAACCUCAACAGGUGUUGGGAUGGCAGCCCGCCGCACCGGCACGGCCACCGCCGCCACCGUACAUGCAAAGUGUCAUUAUCGGCAAUCAAACAUAUCAGGUGCCGGUGGGGGCGAGUAUUCAGCUCCAGCUCGUGCCCGUCAUCACAGCACCAGGGAUGGCCCCAACGGCGAUGCCCAUUCAGGCAGCACCGGCGGCAGCGGCCCCACCACCACCACCGCCACCGCCUAUGUAUCAGCCAAUGCCACCACCACCACCACCACCACCAUCACUUCGAUGA